AUGGUAGCUGAUGCUUUCAUAAAUUGCCAGCUCAUUGCCAAGUUAUAUGUCUAUCAAAAUGUCAGCCAGCCCACACAUCUGCAAGAAUAUCCAGGAUGCUACUCAUUUGACAGAGAUCACACACAGAGCGGCGUGGAGGUUGAGAAGCUCGCCUUCCCCACAGUGGCGAUGUAUCAGCCAAGAAUCCUGAGUAGAAGAAAACGUGUCUGGAAACCAUGGAAGGUUGCCCUCAUCACCACAGCUAUUUUGUUGGCUCUGACAGUGCUCAUCAGUCUCCUCGUUUACUUUUUGGUGUAUGAUGAGAGGACUCAUUACUACCAGGCCUCCUUCUGGAUUCCCAGUAUUAAAUAUAGCUCAGAAUUGUCCCAAGAGCAGUCAAAAUUUCGGACUGAUCUGAAACAAAAAAUCAACUAUGAGAUAGAUACGAUAUUUCAAAGAUCCAGCUUAAAGCACUAUUAUGUCAAAUCUCAAGCUGUCAACUUUCGGCCCAGUAAUGAUGGUGUGAAAGCAGAUGUACUGAUUAAGUUUCAGAUUCCCCGUAAGAAUGUGGGUACUUUGCAAAGACAAGCCGAUGACAUUUUGUAUAAGAAGUUGCAAUCCUCCCAGACUUUCUUGAAGAGAGACAUUUCACUACCUUAUCUUAGAGAAAUGAAUGCAGCACAGGCAGAGCAUAUUCUGAACAGUGACUGCGGCUUGGGGAUGGAGUACCCGCCCACGGCAAGAAUCGCUGAUGGCAAACCUGCUGACAAAGCCUCUUGGCCGUGGCAAAGCAGCCUGCAGGUGGAAGGCAUCCACCUCUGCGGUGCUUCUCUCAUUGGAUCCCAGUGGCUCGUGACCUCCGCUCACUGCUUUGACAAUUACAAAAACCCCAAACUGUGGACAGUAAGUUUUGGAAGAACCCUUAGCAAUCCACUGACAACACGAAAGGUGGAGUCCGUCAUCGUUCAUGAAAACUACGCAGCCCACAAACACGACGAUGACAUCGCCGUGGUCAAGCUGUCCAGCCCAGUGCUGUUUUCUGAAAAUCUGCGCAGAGUCUGUCUCCCUGACACUAAUUUUCAAGUCUUGCCGAAGAGUAAAGUGUUUGUCACCGGCUGGGGAGCACUGAAAGCGAACGGUCCCUUUCCCAACUCUCUGCAAGAGGUUGAAAUAGAGAUCAUAAGUAAUGAUGUGUGUAAUCAAGUUAAUGUAUAUGGUGGGGCUAUAUCCUCAGGAAUGAUAUGUGCUGGAUUCUUGACAGGAAAACUAGAUGCCUGUGAGGGUGAUUCAGGAGGGCCUCUGGUUAUUUCAGAUAAUAGAAAUAAGUGGUAUCUUCUUGGAAUUGUUAGUUGGGGAAUAGACUGUGGAAAAGAAAACAAGCCUGGAAUUUACACCAGAGUGACUCAUUAUCGGAACUGGAUUAAAUCUAAAACUAACAUCUAAUGCAACAACCACCCCCCUUAUCCAACCUGGAGUGUGACACACGGCCUCUGGCAAGUCGUUUUCCACACUCAUUGCCCUGUGCACCUUCAUCCAGCUCAAGAUGCAAAUGAGUAUGGUGACCUUCCUCUUAAAUCAGAAGGGGACAGACAUCCUUUCAUAUCAUUGAAAGAGUUCCAUUGUCUAUGACCAAAAAAGAUGCCAUCUGCCUCACAAAGAUCUGCCACUCUGCAAAGUGUCUGAUUACCUCUAUGCUCACCUCUGUUCUUCUACCUCAUGUUUUUUCAACUUAUACUAAUCUGGAAGUCGAGUAAAUACUAACUAUCCAGCCACCCUCUACUUUUCUCAAGAGAUGACUUCCUUCUCUGAUGCCUCCAUAGUUUUUGUCUUCAUCAAAAAUCCUCACUGGCAGUUUGUUGGUCCACUGACUGGACAGGCCACGCUAGUUAGUCUAAGUCUGUGAUGACACAAUGACAAGGGAAACACUAGAUAUGAGGCUAGGACUUAGGUGGCAAUGAGCAGGUCCGUUCCUUUUCAUCUUCAGAUAUGCAUUUAAUCUUCUCUGAAACUGU